UUCAAUGAAGUGUAAAAGAGAGUCAUUGCCAUCUUCAUCUUCAACGCAUCAGUGGAAAUACGAAGUAUUUCGUAGUUUUAAGGGUGAGGAUACCCGUUAUAAUUUUACCGGCCAUUUAUAUGCUGCUUUGAAACAGAAAGGCAUUAUUACUUUUAGAGAUGAAGAAGGGCUCGAGAGAGGAAAAACUAUUUCUGAGCUCUUCAAAGUAAUAGAAGAAUCACAAUUUGUUAUCAUCAUUCUCUCAAAAAACUAUGCAUCUUUUAAGUGAUGCUUGGAUGAGCUUACCAAGAUUAUCAAAUGUAGGGAAGAAACAGGACUGAUAGUUUUACCAAUUUUUUAUGAUGUGGACCCAACUGAUGUACGAAAACAAACAGGAACUUUUGAACGAGCCUUUAUUGAUCACCAAAAAUGCUUUGAGGAUAACAUAGAAAAAGUGCAAACAUGGAGAGCUGUUUUAAGAGAAGUGGCUGAUAUCUCUAGUUGGCAUCUACAAAAUAGGCAUGAGUCUGAAUUUAUCCAACACAUUGUGAAAGAGAUGAUGAAGAAAUUGAGUUCUAAAUUCUCAGGCAUUACCACAAACUUGAUAGGAAUAGAAUCUACGAUGGCAAAAUUUAUCCCUUCAUAUUUAGGUUUUGAGAAUAAUGUUCGCAUGAUAGGGAUUUAUGGUAUGGGGGGUUUGGGAAAAACAACUCUUGCUAGAAUUGUUUAUGAUGAAUUUCGUAGUCAUUUUGAUGGUUUUAGUUUUAUUGCUAAUGUUAGGGAAGAUUCAAAAAAACAUGGUUUGCCUAUAUUACAACAGCAGCUUCUUGAAGACACUUUGGUUGAUGGAAAUAUAUGUAUAAGGAAUGUCUAUGAUGGAGUUGAGAUGAUUAAGAAAAGGUUGCGUUACAAAAAAGUUUUACUUGUUAUAGAUGAUGUUGACCAUUUGGAUCAAUUAAAAUAUUUGGUUGGAGACCAUGGUUGGUUUGGAUUGGGGAGUUGGAUCAUUAUAACAACUAGAGAUGAACAUGUGUUAAUCCAACUUGGAGUGCUUAAAAGAUAUAAUCUUAAUGGAUUAAAUAAUGAUGAUGCUUUGAAACUUUUUUGUUUGAAAGCCUUCAAAAAGGAGCAACCCAAAAAAGAUUAUAUUCAACUCUCCCAACAAGUUGUGAAAUAUGCUAAUGGCCUUCCAUUAGCUCUUGUUACUUUGGGUUCCUUUUUGGUUGGAAGAACAAUAGAUGAAUGGCAAAGUGCAUUGCAUAGUUUUAAGAAAAAUAAAGGAGAAAUAUUUAAUAUACUUAAAAUAAGUUACGAUGGACUAGAGGAAAUGUGGAAGGAGAUAUUCUUAGAUAUUGCAUGUUUCUUUAGAGGGCAUGAUAAAGAUAAAGUAAUAGAAAUAUUAGAGAAUUGUGGUUUUGAUGCAAGAAUUGGUGUAAGUGUCCUUGUGGAAAGAUCUCUCCUAACGGUGGAUGACAAGGAAUGUUUUGGGAUGCAUGAUCUACCAUCAGAAAUGGGUCAAAAAAUUAUUCGUUUUGAAUCAGGUGGAAAACUUGGAAAGCAAAGUCGGUUGUGGCUUGUUGAGGACUUGCUUCAUGUAUUGGAGAAUGAUAUGGCAACAGAAGCAAUUCAAGCCGUAGUUGUCAAAGGCCGGAAAGAGGAUUUCAACCUUGAAGAUUUUUCUGAAGGGUUUUCAAAGAUGUCUAAUCUUAGAUUGCUAAUAAUUAAUGGAAUGUAUUCUCCUAAUGACCAAAGACAUCUUACUCUUCCUAAUAGCCUAAGAUAUCUUCGGUGGAAGGACUGUCCUUUCAAAUGUUUGGCAUCCAGUCACAAACAACGAAUGGCGUUUGUUCACCUUGAGUUGCGGAGCAGCAAACUUGAAUAUCUUUGGGAAGGAGCAAUGUAA